UUCCCUGCUUUGCAUUACUCGACAAUUUUUGGUUAACCGUGAAAUUUAGAUUUGUGAGAUUUCUUAUUAAAUCGGAGAAAUGACAAAUACUGUGGAAACUUCAGGACAGGACGUUGAAAUGGAGGUGGAUCCAUCUAGUGAAAAUGCAGGAGACACGAAAAAAGAUCAAGGUGUCUCAACAGUAUUGGAAAUUCGAGAGCAAAUACGUCAGAUUGAGAGGGCCGUAGCUUCAAAGGAAUCUAGAUUCAUUUUGAGAGUGCUGCGUUCACUUCCCAAUACGCGCAGGAAACUAAGCGCUGCUAUUUUCCGAAAUAUAGCUCAGUCAAUAUAUCCAGCCGGAACUGAUCGCGAAACUGCAAAUAGUUUGAUUCCGAAUACUCCGGCUGGAGUCAUAGAAACUGAAAUACCGAGAAGUCGUUCAGCGUCAAAGCCUCCAAUUGCUGAAGUAGAUGCAUACUUUUAUUUACUAUUGCUGGUUAAGCUAAUUGAUGAAGGAGACAUAAAACGUGCAGUUGUGUGUUCCGAAGCACUAAUGUCGAAAAUUGCUGGGCAGAAUCGUCGUACUUUAGAUUUGAUUGGAGCAAAAUCUUAUUUUUACUAUUCGCGAGUUAUUGAGCUUAACAACUGUUUAGAAACCAUAAGAGGAUUUCUUCAUGCUCGUUUGCGAACAGCUACUUUGAGAAAUGAUUUCGAAGGUCAAGCUGUACUAAUUAAUUGCUUAUUACGGAAUUAUUUGCAUUAUUCACUUUACGAUCAAGCUGACAAAUUAGUAAAGAAGUCUGUAUUUCCGGUAUCAGCUAGUAACAAUGAAUGGGCACGAUUUUUAUAUUAUUUGGGCCGUAUAAAGGCAGCAAAGCUUGAAUAUAGUGAUGCCCAUAAGCACUUAGUACAAGCUUUGAGGAAAGCUCCUCAAAACGCGGCCGUUGGAUUUAGACAAACCGUGCAAAAGUUGAUUAUAGUUGUCGAGUUGCUAUUGGGAAACAUACCAGAACGACAAAUUUUCCGACAAGCCGCACUACGUAAAUCUUUGGCACCCUAUUUUCAGCUUACACAAGCUGUACGCUUAGGUAAUCUUCAGCGAUUUGGUGAAGUGGUAGAAAACUUCGGUCCGAAAUUUCAACAAGAUCAUACUUACACAUUGAUCAUUCGUCUUAGACACAAUGUUAUAAAAACUGCAAUCCGUUCAAUUGGACUCUCUUAUUCACGCAUAUCACCAAACGAUAUUGCAAAACGUUUAAUGCUAGAUUCAGCCGAAGAUGCUGAAUUCAUUGUGUCCAAAGCAAUUCGUGAUGGAGUUAUAGAAGCAACUUUAGAUCCAGAACAGAAUUACAUGAGAAGCAAGGAAAGUACAGAUAUAUAUAGUACACGCGAACCGCAGCUUGCUUUCCAUGAACGUAUUACAUUUUGCCUUGAUUUGCAUAAUCAAAGCGUAAAAGCCAUGCGUUAUCCGCCGAAAUCAUAUGGUAAAGAUCUUGAGAGCGCAGAAGAGCGGCGAGAGCGUGAACAACAGGACUUAGAAUUAGCUAAAGAAAUGGCCGAGGACGAUGAAGAUGGUUUUUAAGAAGUUUGAUUUAAAAAGUUUAUGAACCGAUAGCGUUGUCGCGCAACAAUUUAAAUAUAAUCCCAAAAUAAUUCUUAUAAAAAA